AUGAGCGAUGUUGAUGAUCGUUGGCUCGCAAAUCAAGACGAGUUUGAGCUUCACCAACUGCAAAAGUCGGCUCUUUUACGCGUCAUAGAUAACAGAGCAACAGAGGAGGAUUUUUUAUGCGCCCACAUGGCAAUCUAUCAUGGCGGGUUUGAGCGUGAAUCUAGAGAGUGCCCCAAAAUGGCUAAUCCAAAAUCUAUCCUCGAUAAUUUGGCUGAUGAUAAGCUGAUAGAGUUGCUGAAUACCGUAAAAACUUUCAAAAGUGUUGAUAGAAGAGCCGAAAGUGUUGAAUUUUGGAAUAGCGUGACGAAUUACUUGAAUAUGCGUCUCAACCGGAAUCAGGAUCGUCUAGCCGUCACAAUUAUGCAACCAGACGUCGAUAACUUGAUGAAAACGAAAACCCGCGCCGAAUUGAUGGGUUUGGAGACGGAGAUCAAAGGAAAAGAAGAUGACCCAGAGUAUUGGAAUGGUGUCUUAGAAUUGGUUCAAGUUGCCAAAGCUGUGAAGGCUUUUGAUGAAAUAAACGACAAAGUCAACAAGCUUGUUUCUAAUGGUAUCACUAUACCUGAAAAGACUGACAAGAGUCCAUUCAAAGAGUUUAUAUUGUCUCAGAUGGAGCAAAAUGAGCUUCUUUUUGAAGCCAUCAAUGAUCCCGGCGAUGCUGAGUAUGUUGCUAGAGCAAUUGUUGGUUCAAACGCAAACUAUCAGGCCCACAACUACUCUGAGCCGCAUUUAUCGAACUUGGUUCAAGGAUACAAGUUUUCUAUUUAUUACCCUCGCCUAAGCGACUCGGACACUGUGCCAAAAUUUACAACAACCAAGCAACCAAACGGAACAGCCGAGUUAAAAUUUGUGGCUGAUGGAUACCCAGAUAUCAAGUUCUGUAUUUUGAACGAACCGUGGGACAAGCCUCGGUAUAGCAGUGAGAGGUAUCGAUCAACCUUUGAGCGAGGCGUCUUGCAGCUUGAUUUCCGCUUCAAGUUCUAUUACUAUAAAAAUUAA